CCAGGAAAUGUGCUGUCUGAGGAAGCAAUCGACUGGAGAUGUGAGCGUGGAGGUCAAUGCCUGCCCCGGCCCAGACCUCAGGAAGAUCCUGGAGGAGAUGAGGUGCCAGUAUGAGACACUGAUUGAACGCAACCGCAAAGAAGUUGAGGAUUGGUAUGAGUGCAAGAUUGAGGAGGUGAAUCGGGAGGUUAUUACAAGUGGUCAGGAGGUGGAGACGUGCAACAACCAGGUGACCGAACUGAGACGCCAAUUGCAAGCCCUGGAAAUCGAUCUCCAAGCUCAGCUCAGCCAGAGGGACAACCUGGAGUCCUCGCUGGCGGAGACAGAGUGUCGCUACAACAACCACCUCGCUGAGCUCCAGAGCCAGAUCACCUGCGUGGAGCAGCAGCUGGCUGACCUGCGGGCAGAGAUGGAGUGCCAGAACCAGGAGUACAAGAUCCUGCUGGACGUCAAGUGCCGCCUGGAGCAGGAGAUCCACACGUACCGCUGCCUGCUGGAGGGCGGCCAGCAGGACCUUAUUCAGCAAGGAGGAAUUGGUCAGUCUUCGGGUCUAGGAGGAGGAGUUGCAAGAAGCAGUGGGAUAGGAGGAGGAGGCAUCAUUAGGACAAGCCACACUUACACUUCGUCUGCCCAGAUCCCAUCCUGUGCAGCUGCGGAGAUCCAAGUGCCUUGCCGAAGGAUUUGUGAUUAAGCAGAGAAACAAGAAUAUCCAAGAGGAGCCUGAAGCAGAGCUACGGAUGAAGAGAGAAUAUUUACUGCAUGUGUCUGCAGAGAGCACGGGGUGUGCUCGUCUGCGCCGCUCAGCCGUGCUAAGCAAUGUGCCAGAGGGAUGAGCAGAGCGUUGGGCCACAUUCUGCUUUGGUUUGCUGUUUGCUUUUCCAGUCUGUGUUGCUGUGUGUGGCCCAGCACCACGACUAUUGCUGGAGUCAGCCAGUGAUCAGCCAUCACUAGUGUACCUGCUGCUGAAAAAUGUCUCUAAUAAAACUUUGCUUGUGCCUGAUGCAAUCAAGAA